AGACAGAGAGAGGGGGACCGAGCACAGGAGAAAGAGGGAGAGAGAAAGAGGGAGAGAGAGAAGAGUGAGAGAGAGAAGAGUGAGUCUCCAGCUGCAGCAGCUGCACCGUGGUGGAAUUGGCAUCCUGCUCUGUGUGUAUGUGUGUGUGUUAGCGUGUGUGUCUGCAUGUGUUUGUUCUUGUGUGUGUGUGUGUGGACGUGUGUGUUGUCAGCGUGAGUGUCGGUGUGCGCCUGUGUGUAUCGCGUGCUACUUGAGACGCUCGCUGGCUGUCUGCACAGCGGUCACCUCUUCCAAGCCCAUCACCGUGGGAACGACGAGAGGGGGAAGACCAACAAACAGGAGGGCGGGAGAGAAAGGGCGAGCCGAGCGAGUGAGAGAGCGAGCAAGUCAACGUGGAGGAGAAAGAGAGAUUAAGGACAGAGAACAGAGAGGAGGAGGAGGAGGAGGAGAACGAGUUUAUCUCUGGACUGAUUCUGUCGUUUGCCAGCCUCAUCUUGCUCUACUCAGUUCUUCUUCUGUGUGUGUGAAGUACAAUAACCCAACACUGCUGCUGCUUCUACUCCUGCCCUUGAGUCCGUCCGCACCUGUCCUCUCCUCACCGUCUCUCCGUCUUCUUCUACAUCCUCUUCCUUGUCCUCUCCGGCUCCGGACAUGCAGACCGUUCCGGAUGAGUGGCGGGACACCCCGUCUGAGCGGUCAGACGACAAGGGCGCACUGCCCUGGGAGGGACAGACGCUCUUUCAGAGGAACGGCACCGGACCUCCACAGGGGGUGUCGGAGGAUAAAGCGCACCCAGGGAAGGGUCACGGGAAGGGGGUUGAGGCGGAGAGGGAGUCCCUGAUGAUGGAGCUGACCAGGCUAGUGCAGAAGACGGUCAAGGAGAGCAGCUGGUGGGAGAGAAGGGGCAUCGACUGUGCCAUCCUGGCCGCAGCGUUCCUGUCCCUGCCCGUAGCCUUCUUCCUCCUCAGCUCGUCUCAGGUGGUGCCGUUCGCUCUGGGGAUGCUGGUCAUGGGCAUCGCCCACGGUGUCAUCACCAUCAAGGGAACCCACUUGGCCAGCCACGGGUCGCUAAGCGAGUCCCAGGCCUGGGGAGAGUUCUGGGCCGUGUUCUUCAUAGAGGUGUGCGGCUCGUUCACGGCCAGAUCAGGUGUCCAGGCUCACAUUAAGAUGCACCAUGCCCACACCAAUAUCAUCGGUCUGGGGGACUCAAGCAUCUGGAAGGUCCCCUCGCUGCCGCGGAGCAUCUACCUGUUCAUCGCCCCACUGGCUGUGCCCAUUAUCACACCCCUGGCAGCCUUAGGGCAGCUGAGGGCUCACCCUCUGUCCCAGGCUGUGAGGACCGUGCUCAUGGUGUCUCUGGGGGUGUACUCCCAGUACUGGCUGCUGGUGCACCUCUCUGGAUUCCAGUCCCCUGCCAUCACUCUGCUCUGCAUGCUGGUGUGCAGGGCCAUGUUCUCCCUGCCCUACAUCCACGUCAACAUCUUUCAGCACAUCGGCCUGCCCAUGUUCUCCUCGACGACGCGGCCUAAACGCAUUUACCAGAUGACGCACGGCGUCCUGAACCUCCCGCGGAACCCGCUGCUGGACUGGACCUUCGGCCACUCGCUCAUCAACUGCCAUGUGGAGCACCACCUCUUCCCCUUCCUCUCUGACAACAUGUGCCUGAAGGUGAAGCCCAUUGUCUCCAAGUACUUGAAAGACAAGGAGCUGCCGUACCAGGAGGACAGCUACCUCUCCCGCCUGCGCCUGUUCUUCCACCGCUACCAGGAGUUUAUGGUGUACGCGCCUUCCAUCACUGAGCUCGUAGGGGUGCAGUGAUGGAAGGGAGACCUGAGAGAGGAAGAGGAGGAGGAGGAGGAGACGAGAAGAAGAAGAAAAGAAAAAAAGACACAAAGGACAUCUGGAAAGAGACUUUGCUUUUCUGCUAAUGCAUAAUAACAUGCGAGGAGUGAGAAAGCCAGAGAGGGUAAAAGAAAGAGAGAGAGAGAGAGAGAGAGAGAGAGAGAGAAAAUGUCUCCCUCCCAUAGAAGGACCAGCUACAGCGCUACAGCAUUCUCCCAGUCUCAUUUCAUUACCAAACACUACGUUUUGUUAAGUAUGUUAAUUCAAUAUAUAUUUACACAUACCUCCAUUAGCUGAGCAACAGGCUGUGCACCUGUGUACUUACUAAGCACAAGUCAUAGAGACAUUCAGGAGGAGCUUCAUGUGUCACUUAAUCAUAAAUGAUGACUCUAUGCAAGAAAUCAUGCAGAGUAAUCCAAGGCAAUCACAGUCUAUGUAGACAGCACAUAAGUCUGUAAUGAGUUUAAUGAUCAUGGAAGUUGCUGUAGCUUCUCAAUGAUUUGUGAAAAUACAUAGUUGCUAUUUCCUGAUAUAUACCCUCUGUAGGUAGAAACCAGAUAGUAUAAUGUGAUGUAUUUGUUACACAACCUGUAAAUCCAAACAAAUCUCAAAAACCAAUGUACCCCAUUUGUGUGAAAGACAUGCUAACAUUUUAUUGCACAUCUGAAAUCCUUUUUUACACCCAUAGUUUAUGAUUAAUGACCGACAAUUGAGGUUCGUUAUAGAUUUUAUAUAUCAAAUUGACAAUACACAGACGUUACAUAGACAUAUAUAUAUUUACACCACUGACUAAUAUAGGCAUACUUGUAGCAGCUUUGCACCAAACAGACGGCGAGUACGUCAAAAUGUCAAAGGUUUUCAUGGUGGGAAGUCAAACAGAUGUUCAUAAAAUGAGAGUUUGAGAAACUAUUUCAGGGCAUUUCAAAUCAAACAGGAUAAAUGAGUUGCCUGUGUAAAUUAGGUUUUAUGUUUUGGACAUUCUUGUUUUGUCAUUGCGAUUGGUGCUUCAGUUUGGCAGUGGCAGAGGUUAUUGUCUCACCAGCUGGUGUAACGAUGGUCAAGCAACGGGGAGACGGAGGCGAAUCUGUUGAACUUUCUUUUAUUUUCCUUUAGAAAAUAAAUCAAAACAUUGCCA